CCCGCCCGACUGGUUCCGUCCUCUCCUCCCGCCGCGCCCCUCCCCCGGCCAGACGGCGGAGGAUCCCGAGCGACAAUGAAACAGCAGCAGCAGAGCCCUCAGCCGCAGCCCCCCCAGGCGCAGCCCCUGCCCGCCGCUGGCGGGGGGGUCCCGGCCUUCCUCAGCAAGCUGUGGGCGCUGGUGGGCGAGGCCCCCAGCAACCAGCUCAUCACCUGGAGCCAGAAUGGCCAGAGUUUCUUGGUAUUGGAUGAGCAGAGAUUUGCAAAAGAGAUUCUUCCCAAGUACUUCAAGCACAACAACAUGGCAAGCUUUGUCAGACAAUUAAAUAUGUAUGGCUUCCGUAAAGUUGUUCAUGUUGAUUCUGGUAUUGUCAAACUGGAGCGAGAUGGUCCAGUAGAGUUUCAGCACCCAUAUUUUAAGCAGGGCCGGGAGGACUUGUUGGAACACAUUAAAAGGAAGGUUUCUUCUUCGAGACCUGAAGAAAACAAGAUACGUCAGGAAGAUCUCUCCAAAAUAAUAAGUAAUGCUCAAAAGGUGCAGAUUAAACAAGAGACUAUUGAAUCUCAGUUGUCUGCGUUGAAGAGAGAGAAUGAAUCCCUGUGGAGGGAAGUAGCAGAACUGCGAGCAAAACACUUGCAACAGCAGCAAGUUAUUCGGAAGAUUGUACAAUUUAUUGUUACCUUGGUGCAGAAUAACCAAUUAGUGAGCCUGAAACGCAAGAGGCCUCUACUUCUGAACACUAAUGGACCUACAAAGUCGAGUGUGUUUCAACAAAUCGUGAAAGAACCAGCUGACAGUAACCAUCAUGUACCUCUCAACAGAAAUGAGGGCUUAAAACAAAGGGAACAGAUUUCAGAUGACAUCAUUAUUUAUGAUGUCACUGAGGAUGUGGGAGAUGAAGAAAAUCCUGUGGGUGAUGAAGAAAAUCCCAUGGCUGAUGAAGAAAAUAUUCCCACUGCACCAGAAGCAAAUGAAGAUUCCACUUCUAAUUCUUCAAACUGUAGUCAUUCUCCUGAUAUUGUAAUUGUGGAAGAUGAUAAUGAAGAAGAAUAUGCUCCUGUAAUUCAAGGGGAUAAAAGCACAGAAUCAGUUGCUGUCCCAGCUAAUGAUCCACUCAGCCCUGUCGGUGACAGCACAAGCCCACUCAUGUCAAGUGCUGUACAGCUGAAUAACCAGUCAACAUUAACUGCAGAAGAUUCUGUCUCAAUGAUGGAUUCCAUACUCAGUGAGAACGGAGUCAUUUCACAGAAUAUAAAUCUCCUUGGAAAGGUUGAACUUCUGGAUUAUCUUGACAGCAUCGACUGCAGUUUAGAGGACUUCCAAGCUAUGCUAUCAGGACGACAGUUCAGCAUAGAUCCAGAUCUCCUGGUUGAGCUUUUCACAAGCUCCGUGCAGAUGAAUCCCACAGAUCAUAUCAAUAAUAUCAAAAUGGAGACAAAGGAAAUAGAAACUACCAAGAAUAAUGCUGGUCCUACGGCUUCACAUGAGACACAAGUUUCUAAGCCCAAAUCAGAUAAACAGCUCAUACAGUACACAGCAUUUCCACUCCUUGCAUUCCUUGAUGGGAACCCAGGCUCCACCAUUGAGAGUGGGAGCUCUGCUGUGGAAACUCCUUCCUGUGUUGACAAACCCCUUGAAGUGGAUGAGCUGCUGGAGAGCAGCCUCGAUCCUCAGCCCACCCAGAGCAAACUGGUGCGGCUGGAGCCAUUGACAGAGGCAGAAGCAAGUGAAGCCACGCUGUUCUAUCUAUGCGAACUUGCCCCGGCACCCAUGGACACAGACAUGCCCUUCUUGGAUAACUGAUGCAACGGGGACUCUUUAUAUAGCCAUGAACUAUUUAUUUAGAAUAUUGUUUGGUAUAUGAGUUUUUUGUAAAUCACUGUUUUAUGUAACCAGGUAACGUGGAAUCCAAAAUACUUUUCCUAUGUUACUUCCUACAAGCAACUGUUUAACUGUGUGGUUAGAACAGCUGUGAGGCACGGUUGGCAAUACCAAGUUAAGACUUGCUGUACUGCUGUGAAAUACUUGGUAUUACACAUAUUGCUAAGUAUCCGGGUAACUGCAAACUUGUUGAUAGUAAGCUUUAUGAUUUCUUAUACUUCUGGUCGUACAUACGAUGAUGUAAACUAGUAGUGUAUGGUUAGAGAACACUGACUUUCUGUAUUUUGGUUUUUUUUUUUUCUAUUUUUUACAACAUUUUAACAAACAUAUGGCUUUUUGGGGGUGGGGGGGACCAGGACCUGAUGUAGGCUUUUUUUUUCCCUGCUUGAACUGGGAACAAAGUGCCUGUACCUUGCAAAAUCUUGGUUCUGCCUUACUUUCACUUCAGCAGAAGUGCUCACACAUAGCACAAACCGGGGAAAAGUUCUUCACAGCCACCAGGCCCCUUGACUGCAUGAGUACUUUUAUCUUGGACCAUCUAUGCUGGUAAAAUAAAUGUUACUUAAGUAAGUAA